AUGCGCGUCGGUUUCUUUGCCAUAUUUCUUGCCUCGGUCGCUCUUUUAGUGUCCGCCGCUCCGCUUCCCAAGGACGCCAUUGGACCACACGUUCAGGCACAUGCACGUCACCAAGCAUUGGCAGACCAUCAUCUAGAACGAGCAGAACAUCACGAAGAGCUUGCAAAUACGCACCUUAAUCAUUCCACAGCAGCCGCAGCGAGUGGCCACAACGCGCUCGCUGCAGAGCACAAUGGUAAAUACGAGCACCAUAUGGAACGAAUGAAUUAUCAUAUGGAACGGCACGAACACCACCAAGCCAUUGCCGACCUUCAUGCUGCGCAUAUUCCCCGUCGGAGCAUAGACGAGUUGGAUUAG